AAUAAAUCAGUGUUUAUCCCUCCCCCUGUAGAGUAUACUAGGAUUCCGGACUUCAGAGGGAAGAAUUACCCUCUUGUCCGCUUCCCGGAGCGCUAGCCUGUGAAGGAGGUGUGAUUAUUAUUAUUUAUUGCACGGCUCGGCAUGUAUCGGUCCCUGUACGCGUUUCGCUCGCCGGAGCCCAAUUCCCUGCCCUUCGCCGCCGGAGAGACCUUCCUCAUCCUGGACAAGAGCAACCAGCACUGGUGGCUCGGGUCCCGGUCCAGCUCGGGGGAGACCGGCUACAUCCCGACCUCGUACAUAGAGAAGAUUCAGACCCCCGAGCACGAUGAGGUCCUGCAGUCCGUUGACCGGGCGAUUGAGGCCAUCCACAACUCGGCCAUGAAGAACGGGGGCAAAUACAACCUGGAGCAAAGGGACAUGCUGCAGAAGUUAAUUCACCACAGGAAGGAGACUCUGUCCCGGAGGAGCCCGCCCCCCAUCAACCACAAGCGCGUGCUUCCCUCCUCCGCCAGCGACCUCGCCCUCGGCCAGUCGCACCCGCCCAACGGGCUGAGCCGGGCGUACGGGCGGCAGGCCAGCGAGCCGAUCGCACACAGCCCGGACAAGGGGUGUGGAGACGAGGGGCUGUACCAGGUGCCCCCCCAGCCUCGCCGAGCAGCCCCCAUCACCCCGCCGCCCCCGGAGAAACGCAGAGGUGCGCGGAGGCCAGAACCAGAGGUGCCUUCCAGGACUUCCUCAAUCCUCGCUAGCCCCGCCCUCUCUGCCAGCGCCGGCCCAUCCCCCUCUGUGAGCUCCGCCUCUUUGGACUCAGGCUCCACCCACUCCCCUCCCUCCUCAGAUACCAGCCUCCCCAGCCUAGCAACCACCCCCCCACCCAUUCCCAGCCGCACAAGAGCCCCGGCGCCGAACCCCCCUAGCUCUGUGUGGCCUCCCCAGCCAGAGACUGAGCAGCCAGCCUCCCCACUGCCUCAGUCCCAGUCCGAACCCCCUCUCCCUAAAAAGCAGGCAGCCCCACAGCCACACUUUCUCCCUGGCUCUCGGCCUUGCACUGCCUCCCCACCUACCUGCCCCGGGGACCCAGCCGAGUCCAAGCCCAGCCCCACCCCUCCCCCCGCCUUCCAGACCCCGCCCACCAGCCCCGCCCACAGCCCCGCCCACCCCGCUAAACCCAGCCAGGCAGGUCCCUGUGGGGGCGUGGCGGGGCGCGUGCCCAGCACCAUCGGGGCAGAGCUGAUCGAGCUGGUGCGCCGGAACACCAGCCUGAGCUACGAGCUCUCGCGCGUGGCGGUCGGGGUCAUCGUGGGUCACCUGCAGGCCGCCGUCCCACAGGUGGCCGACACCAUGGAGCAGGUCCUCCUCUCCCUGGUGCAGAGCAAGCCGGAGCAGUGUACACUGGGCCUGCACCUCAAGAGUCACGCCCUGCGCACACACACCGGUGAAUGCCGGCCACCAAGUCUAAAGAUAGAGAACAGUCCUGCUGCGAUCGACGGGCCAGGCCCUCUGCUCUGUGCCCUGCAGACAGAUGCUGACCCAGAGGUGUGCAGAAGGAUGUGCAAGAAGAACCACUUUGAACCGGUCAUCUCUCUCGUCUCCUACUACCAGAUGGAGCACAGAGUGGCUCUCCGGCUGCUCCUGCUCAAGGUGUUUGGGGCCAUGUGCAGCCUGGACGCCUCCCUCAUCUCCACCCUGCUCAACUCCGUGCUGCCCAUGGAGCUGGCCCGCGACAUGCAGACCAACACGCAGGAGCACCAGAAGCUGUGCUAUUCUGCCCUGGUCCUGGCCAUGAUCUUCUCGAUGGGAGAACAACUGCCUUUCCAUCACUACGAGCAGCUGAACGGCGGUUUUUUGCAGUUCCUGCUGGAGGUGAUCGAGGAGGGGCUGCCCUGCGACACCGCCGAGCAGCUGCCAGACCUCUGCAUCAACCUGCUGCUGGCCUUCAACCUGCACCUGGCCGUGCCUGCGAGUAACCUGAUCAUGCAGACUUUGGUGAAGAGGCACAACGUGAAGAUCCUGACGGAGAAGAUCCUGCUGCUCCUCAACAGAGGAGACGACCCCGUGUGCGUGUUCCGGCACGACCCCCCGGCGCCUCACUCCGUGCUGAAGUUCCUGCAGGACGUCUUCGCCAGCCCCGACACCGCGCACAUCUUCUACCGCACCGACAUGAUGGUGAUGAUCGACAUCGCCGUGCGGCAGAUAUCCGACCUGUCUCCGGGGGACAAGCUGCGGAUGGAGUUCCUCUCCCUGAUGCACGCCAUCGUCCGCACCACGGACUACCUGGAGCACCGGCACCGGCUCCCGGACCUGCGGGGGGCGCUGCAGCGCAUCCUGGGCGAGGAGGAGGAGGAGGAGGCGGGCGGAGAGGAGGGCGCGGCGGCCCGGCAGAUGGACAGGCUGAUCGUGCAGGAGAUCUACAGGGAGUUCCCCCGGAUCGCCGAGCCCGAGGAAGGGCACUGACCCCUCUGAGCUGCGGGCGGGGAGGAGGAGGAGGAGGAGGAGGAGGAGAGACAGCCGAGCAGGGAGCAGGAGGGGGAAGGGAGGCGAAGACGAUGGGAAGAGAGACGGGGGGGAUCGCAAAACCUUUACUGCAGAGCAGCAUGCAGGAGGUCCAGCUCCUCCUUCCUCUCUCUCCUCCUCUUCCUCGUUCUCUUCCUGUCUCCCUCUCCCGCUGCCUCUCUGCUCCCUUCCCUCCCUUCCUUCUCCCCUAGCUCCCAGAAUCCUCUCCUGCCCCCCUGCUAUACGUGAGCAACUGGCAGCCUCAUCUCAGCAUUGCAGUGCCAGCGCCACACUUGAAAAAGCUAAACGGCGUAUAUAUAUAUAUUUAUUUUAAUAUAUUUUCUUAAGUGUCUGACCCAGUAGCUGCUUGUGCUGCCUUGACAGUGGUGAAACACGAACGAUCGGAUGGAGACGGAUGGCUGGGCUGUGUGCGAUUCUCAGGUCGCCUCUCCAGGACGGUGCAGUGCGGUCCUGGGCAUCCCCCAUGCUGCAGGGGGUGAGGGUGGGACGCUCUCUGGUGGGGACUGGUCAUCGGAGAGUUCCAGCGGGCGUCUGUGUCUUCCUGUCAGGUGUCGGCCUGGUCUCUCGUCUUGGCCCUCGUCUUUCGAGACUCUGACAGCUCCGGGGCUCCUGAAGGGUGGGUCUGGGGGUGGUGUGUCGUCGUGGGUCUCCCUGAUGUCGCUCUGUGUUGCAGGAGGUGCUGCGUCCUCCAAAAUUCAAGAGCCCUGGCUGGCUCAUACCUGCUUUACCCCCCCGACAAGCUCUCUGCUGUUGUUGUGCCAUUCGUGAAUCAAUCUGAGUGCCUGACAAAUUUCAGAGGGGCCAGCUGCAAGUCUUACAGAAAAAACAUUGGACAAGUCAGCAUGAGACGACUUCUACAAUCCCCGUCUCCCCCCCCCCCCCCCCCCCCCCCCCCCCGAUGGCAAAGGCUAAAGUUUGUGGUCAAGGUCCAAGCUAAUCAUCCCCCAAUCCCUCGUCCUGUGCACUGACCAGUGACCUUUGAGCUUUAACCUCUAACCUCUAACAUCUAACCUCUAACCUAUCCAGAGGGUCACUCUUCAGUUGGGCAGACAAGAGUCUCAUCUUCGAGGUGUAACGCUGGGGCUCUGCUAACGCUCUCCGCCCUUCUACAGCUCCGGCCCUCUCCAUGCCCAGCUGUCCCCAGCACCAAUCCCGACUCCUGACACGCUGGCGCGACUCCACCCUUUCACCGAGACGGAGCAAAGGCAGCGAGUUUGGGUUGGAGCCUCUGGCUGGGAGGGGUGUGUUUGUAGUUGAGAGGGCUUUGGAGUUAAAACGGGUCCAGUGCUGCUGCUGUGUAAAAUAAUGUCCUUCUGGAGCUUUUGGAGCCACCCAGAGCCUCUCGUGCUCCGGGUUUAACUUCUCUGCUAGAUUUGCCAGAGGAUCUCUUGGUAAAUUCGCACCUUAGAAAUGUUUGCCAUGGCCAUACUGUACUUUGAGACAAAGGGAAGUGGGCGUGAAUUUUUCAUUGAGGAAAAUCUGGCCCUGCAAGGACAUUACAGAGUUCGCUUUGGUGAAACAAUGACAGAGCUGGUCCUGUGUUAAGGAGCAGAGCAGACCUCACCUGUGCUGCUGCUCACGUGUGUGCACAUGCGUGUUAGUUGCAUGUUGGCCAGCACAGUUGUGGUUGCGUGUGCAAACCUGCGUCCUAUACUGUGCCUUUCCCCCGCCUUGUCACCCUUUCCUUCCCUGAAAAGACGCUGACACGUUGUUAACGGAGAUGCCUGUGGGUGGUGUUGAUGAAUUACAGUAUAUUUUCCCAGUUAAAAAAUCCAAAGUAUUAAAAAAUGUAUAAAGAUGGAGAGGGGAAGAAAUAAGAUGGAAAAAUGUAUUUUCAUAAAACUCCGUAAUAAUAAAAUAGCCUGUGUGUGCAAGA